GAAAAAUACCAAAAAUUGUGCCAGAAUUUAAGAUUUUAAGUGAAAAACUGAACACUCUGAAGUCGUGCCACCAUUUUUUCACAAGUUAUACAUACUUGAAGUGAGAUAAAAUUAGGAUGCGAAUUUUGAUCCAGUUACGCUACGCGGCCGGCCGACGACGCAUGGAGUUGGGCUUGCUUGGCUGCCACGAUGACAUGCACACCAAGCAAGCAAGCAUUCCUUCUUCACCUCCAUAGCUUAGCUUCCCUCGCUUCAAACCCAUAAAUUUAGAUCCCAAAACCUUUCCUCACCCAAGAGCAAGAGGCCAUGCAUGACUCCAUGGAUGUACGAAGCUAGUACUAGCUUGCAAGCUAAUUAAGCUACACUUCUUCCUACCAACACGUAUGCAUCCAUGGCGAUCUCCUCCUUCCACCUCUCUCCUCACACACCAAGCUUCGAAUCAACCAAACGUUCCAUCCGUCACCUACGUCGUAUAUAUACACGGCGCAUCAUGACACCCUUCUCAUCUCAUCUCUCACCUCUCGAUCAUCACAGAGCCACCACCAUCCAUCCACAGAGCUAGCUAGCAUCUCACUCGCAGGCCAUCACGAUUCCUUCCCUACGCUUCCUCAUGGCCGCCACCGGCACCAGCCAGCAGCAGCCGGCGGCGGCGUCGGUGGACCCCAAGUUCGAGUGGGCGGAGAAGGCCGGCACCUACGUGCUCCGCCUCACACUGACGGGCUUCAAGAAGGAGGACUUCCGGGUGCAGGUGGACGGUGCCGGGAGGCUCACCGUGCGCGGCACCAGGCCGGGCGCCUCCCUCCACAAGGUCUUCCAGCUGCCCGCAACCGCCAGCCUCGACGACAUCGCCGGCCGCUUCGAGGCCGGCGUGCUCACGCUCACCGUGCCCAAGCGCGCCGGCACGGCCCCACCGACGAGCAUCGAGGAAGUCAAGAAGAGUAAACCUGCUGCCGCCAAGGAGGAGAACGCCAAGCCGACGCCACCCGCACAGGUCGACGGCGCCAAGAGCAUGCCCGCCAAGCCGACGCCACCCACAGAGGUCGACGGCGACAAGAAGAUGCCCAGGGAGGAGGGUGCUGCCAAGCUGACGCCACAAGCGGAGGUCGAUGGCGCCAAGAAGAUGUCCAAGGAGGAGGGUGCCGCCAAGCCACCGCCGCCGCCAGCCUCCCACCAGCUGCCAUCCAAGGACGGCGGGGCUGGAAAGAAGGAGACCAAGGGCGCCAAGCAGCCGGCUGCCAGGGACGACGGCGGCGAGAAGAAGGAAGCCGUCGUUGGCACUGAGCCCAAGGAGAGCACGCUCGGCAGGACGACACGUCAGGUCGCGGAGCAUGUUCACCGCAUGGAGGAGGAGAGCAGACGCAAGCAAAUUGAGCAUAAGCCGGCGCCGGCGGCGAAGAAGGAAGAAGACGUGAAGCCCAAGGCACCCCAGCCAGCAGCAGCCACGGCGACACCGGAGAAGCCAGCGCCGAAGGCAGAGGUUGCCAACGGCGAGAAGGCCAAGGCGGCGGUUGAUCCGGAGAGCCUGGUGGAGACGACGAGGCGGCGCGGCAAGGAAGAGAGGGCCAAGGCUGCUGCCGCGGCGACGGCCAUAGAAGGAAAAGCGGAAAAGGCGAAGAAGGCGGUGGCGUCGACAUGCACGGCCUGGAAGGAGCGCAUCGCCGGGGAGCUCAAGGGGCUGACGGACAUGAAGUGGGCGGACAACGCGGUGGAGACGGCGAGGAAGAACAAGGAGGUGGUCGCCAUCGGCGUCGCCGCCUUCUCCAUCGGCUUCCUCGUCUCCCAGAAGCUCUUCAGGAAGUGAGCAACAAUGCAUAUGUAACAUGCACGGACAGUGGGUAAAUAUGUACUGAACACAAGGAACAUGUAAAAGAUAUGUGUGCAAGUAAAGUGUGUACAUAGAGACAACCAAAGCUGGCUGAAGAUUGAUGUACAAGAUAUACCUUCAGUUAUUUUCAAAAUAAAAUAAAAUGAAAAACACCUUCAGUUUGUUCUAGGGUAGUAAACCAUAUGUGUAGGCUUAUAUGUGGUGCUUUUAUUCACACACAAAAUAAAAUCAUACGGUAAAUAGUGUGUUUCUCAUGGCCAUGAAUGGCUUCUCCAGCCGAGUACCAAGUUUUCAAAAGUCACACACUUGGAGAAAUUAAAUUCACCUGGUUGAACUAAGCAUGGUCGGAGGAUAUCUAAAGGUCCCAAAAUUAAAUUCCUGCUCUUUUCUAGGGGACGGAAACAAUACAACUGUUAUAUGUUGUCAUCCAAAUUUCACCCACACACACACUGAUAUACAUCAGCAGCAUAUGGAUGAUACCUUCACACAGUUCAAUUAAGUUUCCAACUGCUUGGUCCCAAAAGGUACGACGAAAUGCUAGUCUGAGUGAAUCUAGAAAAUGUGACAGUCUGAACCUUAAGAUUGUUUUCAAACUUCCAUGUGAAUUUUGGUUGUCCGGCACACAUUUAUUAUAUGUUCACCAUAACCGAAGAAAACCGUCACUGAAAGAGCUGAGGAACUAGUUAUCACCAUAAGGUGACAUGCUUACUGCAAGCCUGGUAGUACAACAAAUGUUUA